GUACUCUGGAGUCUGAGGCACUAGUCGGUGGAUAAACUUAUUGCCGUGACUUAAGCGUGCCAGGUGCACGUGGCAAUCGACACGUCUAACCUCUUGGACAGCAAGACCGCGAACCACCAAUUCAAUGACUACUAUGCAACUGCGCAGCUUGGUCUUGCUUCUAGCAGCUUCCCUCCCGCUGGCGAGCGGACAAUUCAAUUUUUUUGAUCAGAUGUUUGGGCAUUCCCAGCAGCAGCAGCAGCAACAACAACAACAACAGAGAGGACCCGGACCUUCUGGUAACUCUCAAUGGAUGGCGCAUUCAGAAGCUCUCUCGUGUUCUCAAUACCUGUGCCCAAGUACCCUAAUGUGUGUCAAGAGACCGGCUGAUUGUCCAUGCCCCAAUGCAGAGGACAUCAAGUGCACCAUUCCAGACGCAAUAGAUACAGCAGCUGCAACGGUUGUUUGCGUGAGAGGGGUGGGGGAAUGUACACCAGUCGAACGACUGACGAGAUCGUUUUCAACUUGAUGCGUCCUCUGUCUGUCAUCGGUGACUUCAUAGAAUGUACAUGGCGAGUAGCUAUCAAAUCCUAUCUCCUGCCUCGAAGACAGAACCACUUACCCUCAUGAUUCAGUAUGCCCGUGUUUCCACACAGUUCUUUUCUGAUCGGUGGAUCACAGGUUGACCAGCUUUUUUUCCUAGGAGCAUUAUCAUCUUGCAUGCGUGUUCUUGUCGUAGGAUUCUGAUGUCAUACAAGAGCCUACUCCACUUUCUAUCCCGGGCGGAAGAAUUACACCUGCUCCGACCUCUGAGAAACUAUCACAGUUGCGUGCAAACUGUGUAAUGAACAUGAUCGCCCAGCCAUACUAGAUGUCCACGGGAGUCCGCGCAUUUUUGGCAAAAUGUUUAUUACUCCACAUUGCACAAACAAACAAAAUUAAUUUUUUGAUGGUUC